GCUCGCGGGGACUCUGGGGCCAGGCUCCGGGCCGGAUCCCCGAGCCCCGGCGGGGGCUGCUGCGGGGCCCCGGAGCCCGGGCUGCAGCCGGGAGGGGGAAUCUCCGGCCGGGCCAGUCCCGCUGCUCCCUCCCCAGGAGCCUCUCCCCGGGCAGCGCCCCCAGCCCGGCCCGGCCCAGCCCCUGCCCCAGGGCGGGCAGCGCUUGGGGGGCAGGCCAAGGAGACACGUCGAGAGUUCACUCCUGAGCACCCGUCUGCCAGGAGCCAGGGCCAGGCAAUGGCCGGGAUGGAGCCCGCUCAGAUGCGGGUGACCUUCGAGGAGGUGGCUGUGUAUUUCACCCAGGGGCAGGGGGCGCUGCUGGGCCCCGCUCAGAGAGCCCUCUACAGGGACGUCAUGCAGGAGAACUACGAGGCGGUGACCUCGCUGGGGUUUUCUGUUCGCAAACCUGAGCUGAUCACCCGGCUGGAACGAGGGGAAGAGCCCUGGAUGCCCGACCUCCAGGCUGACGAGGAAAGAGAGAUCCCAAGAGGCUACCACACAGGUGAUGUGACAAUAAAUGUAAAGGAGGAAGAGAAUCAACAGCAGGAAGUUUCUGGGCAAAUGGAACCGCAGGCGACCUUUGUGGGAAGAGCUGAAGGGAAUGUUUCCCAGUGCUUGGAACAGCGAGAAGCCUGGGGAAACUGGCCCAGGCCAGAGAGGCUCCUGAGACACCACCCAAGUGAGCAUAUGGAUGAAUCUGUUAAAUGUGGGGAAGGACGUAAGCAUCCCACAGCCCAGCAGGCAGACCUCAAGGAAGAGAAACACCAGGAAUGGCUCAUUUAUGGGAAGGGAUUUAUUGUGAGCCCAGAGCUUAUUACAGUGCAGACAGUAGGUGCUGGAGAGAAACCCCUGCAAUGCUCAGACCAUGGGGAAAGUGUGAAUAACAGCUUGGAUCUUAAUAUUGACAGGAAAAGCCAAAUGGGAAGGCAAGGAUAUCAGUUCCUUGAAGGAGGGAAUCGUUUGAACUGGAAGUCAGCGCUGAUUACACCUGAGACAAACCACACAGGAGAAAGACCCAGUAAGUGUAUAGAGUGUGGGAAGUGUUUCAAAAGAAGGUCAGCCCUGUUUAAACACCAAGCUGUCCAUAGAGGAAAGAGCUGUCCCCAUAAGAGAUCAGAUUGUGGAAACAGUUUCCAGCAGAGGUCGGUCCUCCUUAAACCUCAAGCAGUGCGCACUGGAAAGAGACCCUAUAAGUGCUUAGACUGUGGGAAAAGUUUCAAAUGGAAAUACACCCUUGUUUCACAUGAGAAAAUCCACAAAGGAGACAGACCCCAUCAGUGCUUAGACUGUGGGAAAAGUUUCAAAUGGAAAUACACCCUUGUUUCACAUGAGAAAAUCCACAAAGGAGACAGACCCCAUCAGUGCUUAGACUGUGGGAAAAGUUUCAAAUGGAAAUACACCCUUGUUUCACAUGAGAAAAUCCACAAAGGAGACAGACCCCAUCAGUGCUUAGACUGUGGGAAAAGUUUCAAAUGGAAAUACACCCUUGUUUCACAUGAGAAAAUCCACAAAGGAGACAGACCCCAUCAGUGCUUAGACUGUGGGAAAAGUUUCAAAUGGAAAUACACCCUUGUUUCACAUGAGAAAAUCCACAAAGGAGACAGACCCCAUCAGUGCUUAGACUGUGGGAAAAGUUUCAAAUGGAAAUACACCCUUGUUUCACAUGAGAAAAUCCACAAAGGAGACAGACCCCAUCAGUGCUUAGACUGUGGGAAAAGUUUCAAAUGGAAAUACACCCUUGUUUCACAUGAGAAAAUCCACAAAGGAGACAGACCCCAUCAGUGCUUAGACUGUGGGAAAAGUUUCAAAUGGAAAUACACCCUUGUUUCACAUGAGAAAAUCCACAAAGGAGACAGACCCCAUCAGUGCUUAGACUGUGGGAAAAGUUUCAAAUGGAAAUACACCCUUGUUUCACAUGAGAAAAUCCACAAAGGAGACAGACCCCAUCAGUGCUUAGACUGUGGGAAAAGUUUCAAAUGGAAAUACACCCUUGUUUCACAUGAGAAAAUCCACAAAGGAGACAGACCCCAUCAGUGCUUAGACUGUGGGAAAAGUUUCAAAUGGAAAUACACCCUUGUUUCACAUGAGAAAAUCCACAAAGGAGACAGACCCCAUCAGUGCUUAGACUGUGGGAAAAGUUUCAAAUGGAAAUACACCCUUGUUUCACAUGAGAAAAUCCACAAAGGAGACAGACCCCAUCAGUGCUUAGACUGUGGGAAAAGUUUCAAAUGGAAAUACACCCUUGUUUCACAUGAGAAAAUCCACAAAGGAGACAGACCCCAUCAGUGCUUAGACUGUGGGAAAAGUUUCAAAUGGAAAUACACCCUUGUUUCACAUGAGAAAAUCCACAAAGGAGACAGACCCCAUCAGUGCUUAGACUGUGGGAAAAGUUUCAAAUGGAAAUACACCCUUGUUUCACAUGAGAAAAUCCACAAAGGAGACAGACCCCAUCAGUGCUUAGACUGUGGGAAAAGUUUCAAAUGGAAAUACACCCUUGUUUCACAUGAGAAAAUCCACAAAGGAGACAGACCCCAUCAGUGCUUAGACUGUGGGAAAAGUUUCAAAUGGAAAUACACCCUUGUUUCACAUGAGAAAAUCCACAAAGGAGACAGACCCCAUCAGUGCUUAGACUGUGGGAAAAGUUUCACACGGAGUUAUUCCCUUGUUUUACAUCUGAAAAUCCAUACAGGGGACAGACCCCAUAAGUGCGUAGACUGUGGGAAAAGUUUCAUACAGAGGUCAGAUCUCAUUAAACAUCAGGCUGUCCACACAGGAGAGAGAUCCCAUAAAUGCUUGGAGUGCGGAAAAAGUUUCACAGAGAGGUCAUCUCUUCUUUCUCAUCAGACAGUCCACACAGGAGAGAAAUCCCAUAAGUGUUUGGAGUGUGGAAAAGCUUUCAUUUCAAAACGUAAACUUGUUAACCACCAGGCAGUGCACACAGGAGAGAGACCCCAUAAGUGCUUGGAGUGUGGAAGAAGUUUCAAAAGGAAGAGAAACCUUGUUAAACAUCAGGCCGUCCACACAGGAGAGAGACCCCAUAAGUGCUUGGAGUGUGGAAGAAGUUUCAAAAGGAAGAGAAACCUUGUUAAACAUCAGGCAAGUCAUACAGGAGAGAGACCCCAUCAAUGUUUAGUCUGUGGAAAAACAUUCAUCCAUAAGUCAUACCUCAAUCGACAUCUGACAGUCCACACAGGAGAAAGACCCCACAAGUGCUUAGACUGUGGGAAAAGUUUCCGACAGAGAUCAGGACUUCUUAUACAUAUGAAAUUGCACAUGGGAGAGAAACCCCAUAAGUGCUUAUAUUGUGGAAAAAGUUUCAUAAGGAAGUCAGCAGUUAUUCAACAUCUGGUAAUCCACUCAGGAGAAAGACCCCAUAAGUGCUUAGAGUGUGGGAAAAGUUUCAAAAGAAAGUCCGAGCUUAUUCAGCAUCUGGUAAUCCACACAGGAGAAAGACCUCAUAAGUGCUUAGAGUGUGGGAAGAGUUUCACAGUGAAGUCAGCCCUUUUAACACAUCAGAAAAUCCACACGGGAGAAAGACCUCAUAAAUGCCUGGAAUGUGGGAAAAGUUUCAUAAGGAAGCCAGACCUUGUGUUACAUCAGAAAAUCCAUAGUGGAGAAAGACCCCAUCAGUGCUUAGACUGUAGGAAAUGUUUCAUAAGGAGGUCAGACCUCAUUCACCAUCGGUUAACCCACAUGGGAGACAGAAAAGAUAAGUGUCAGGGGACUUUUGUUUUUUCAGGGGCCUUCGAGGAGGUGGCUGUGUAUUUCACCCCGGGGCAGGGGGCGCUGCUGGGCCCCGCUCAGAGAGCCCUCUACAGGGACGUCAUGCAGGAGAACUACGAGGCGGUGACCUCGCUGGGGUUUCCUGUUCCCAAACCUGAGCUGAUUGCCCGGCUGGAACGAGGGGAAGAGCCCUGGGUGCCCGACCUCCAGGCCGCGGAGGAAAGAGAGAUCCCGAGAGGCACCCACACAGGUGAUGAGACAGCGAGUGAGAAUCAAGAGGGGAAUCAAAAGCAGGAAAUUCCUGAGGAGAUGGAACCGCAGGCGACCUUUGUGGGAAGAGCUGAAGGGAAUGUUUCCCAGUGCUUGGAACAGGGAGAGGCCUGGGGAAACUGGCCCAGGCCGGAGAGGCUGCUGGGAAACCUCCCAUGUGAACAAAUGGACAAAUCUAUUCAAUGUGGGGAAGGACACAAGCAUCCAACAGCCCAGCAGACAAACCCCAAGGAAGAGAAACACCAGGAAUGGUUCAAUUAUGGGAAGGGAUUUAUUGUGAGCCCAGAGCUUAUUACAAUUCAGAAAGUAGAUACUGGAAAGAAACCCCUUGAUUGUUUGGACCGCGAGGAAAGCGUCAAUAACAGCUCAGAUCUUAAUACUGAUGGGAGAAGCCAAAGUGAAGAGAGAGGCUCUCAGUGCCCUGAGGGAGGAAACGAUUUGAAUUGGAAGCCUGCCCUGAUUGUGCAUCAGAGAAGUCACACAGAUAGACAUCAUAAGUGCUUAGACUGUGGUAAAAGUUUCUUAGAGAUGUCAGCCCUGAUUAAACACCAGGCAAUGCACACAGGAGACAGGCCCCAUAAAUGUUUAGAUUGUGGGAAAGGUUUCAUAUGGAGGUCCUCCCUUGUUUUACAUCAGAAAAUCCACACAGGAGAGAGACCCCAUAAGUGCUUAGACUGUGGGAAAAGUUUCAUACAAAGAUCAGACCUCAUGAAUCAUCAAGCAACCCACCGGGAAGACAGACCCCAUGAGUGUUUAGAUUGUGGAAAAAGUUUCAAAUGGAGGUCAGCCUUUGUUUCACAUAAAAAAAUCCACACCGCAGAGAGAUCCCAUAAGUGCUUGGACUGUGGAAAAAGUUUUCUAUGGAGAUCAUUCCUAGUUUCACAUCAGGCAGUCCACACUGGAGAGAGACCCCAUGUAUGCUUAGAAUGUGGGAAAAGUUUCAAACGCAAGUCUGAGCUUGUGAAACAUCAGGCAAUCCACACAGGAAAGAGACCCCAUAAGUGCUUAGACUGUGGGAAAAACUUCAUACAUAGAGCAGACCUGAGUAAACAUCAGGCAAUCCAUAGAGGAGACCGACCCCAUCAGUGCUUGGACUGUGGAAAAUGUUUCAUAUGGAGGUCAGCCCUCGUUUCGCAUCAGAAAAUCCACACAGCAGAGAGACCCCAUAACUGCUUAGAAUGUGGGAAAAGAUUCUUACGGAAGUCAGCGCUCACUUCACAUCAGAGAAUCCACACAGGAGAGAGACCCCAUCAGUGCUUAGACUGUGGGAAAAGUUUCAUAAAGAGGUCAAACCUCGUUAAACAUCAAGCAAUCCACACAGGAGAGAGACGCUGUGACUGGGCUGUGAGAAAAAUUUCAUAGGGACGUCAAGCUGUCUUAAGCAUCAGGCAAUCCAUGCAGACCAGAAACCCCAUAUGUGUUUGGACUGUGGGAAAAGUCUCAUGCCUUCGUCAUAUAUUAUGAAAUAUCAGUCACUCCACACAGGAGAUUCCGUGAGUGCUUGGCCUGCGGGAACGGUGUCUGAAACAGUUCAGCCCUUCUCAACAUCAGGCUGUUUACACUGGAGAGAGAGUCUGUAAGUGCUUAGGUUGUGGUAAAAAUUUUACAAACUGAUCCGAUCUUUCUUCUAUGUCAGAGAAUUCAAACAAGUGCGAAACUCCCUAAGUGCCUCGACUUUGUAAAAAUUUUCACACAGAGAUCAUAUAUUGUAACACAUCAUGUAGUCUGCUUGGAAAAGAGAUCCCAUAAAUGUUUGGACUGUGGAAAAGGGGCACAUGGAGAUCACACUUCAUUAAACAUGGGAGAAUUGACACAGGAUCUAAGCUUUUCUGACAUAGUCAAAAAGAGUGAGACGCGUGGAGGGUAAUUAACUCAGAUUCAGCCUUUAGAAACUUGUUAGGCAAGAGUUUAGAUGGUAUUUGAAGGCUUUCCACAGAAGACAGGCUUAUGAUUUUGAUAUGUAAACGCGCUAAAAAAUUGACAGAAGUUUGACGGAGGAUAGUAAUGCUGUUGAUUUAUUGCAGAAAACUCACACAAUUAUCUCAAAAAUUGAUCAUAGUUAGAAAAUUUAAUCCCAAUGAAUUGUGUUGUGAACCAAGAGAAUAUGAAGUGAAAUUUCUCAAAUAUUAUUUUUUUUACAGGUUCAAAUACAUUAAUUUUAUUACAGCAAAGAACAGAAA